AUGCAGCCGAACCAAGCCGCGUCCGGCUCACGCCCCAGUACCCCGCAACACCAGACUCAGUCUUCAGGCGACAUGUCGACGCCAGCUCCUCUGCUCCGUCCGCCGAUCCCCGGUGCGCGGAGCCACUCCUCGCCGCGCGCUCCGCGCCUUGGCCUCUCCAUCCCGCCCUCUCCCAACGCAAGACCAGUCGUGAACGGCCAAACGAACGACGCCCAGUCCAUGCCCGCCCUCCUCCCUCCGCAGCAACCGCUUAACGCCCGCCCCUCCCUCCCGAAGCUAGCCCUGGCCACUCCUAGCGGAGGCCAAGCGACACCGCAUGAGGGCGGUGGUGCCCCGAAACGGGGUGUGACCGGUCUCAAGCUACAAUUACCAGGAACCUCGACGUCAGGAAGCAGCAAUGCCUCGGCCCAGAGCAGAAGCGGUAGCUUCGGCGAGCGUGGGCCUCCGUCGUUGCAGAUUAACACGAUAAACAACAACACGCACGACCCCAUCUCGGCUCUGUCUAACGGGCAAUCGCCGACCCUUAACUCCAACUCGUCCACGGAGAUGGCACGAACCAAUAGCGACAUGUCAGGAAUGGUCCUCCCCGAUCUUGAGAAGCUGAAAAUCGACAAGGGUGCAAACCUGGAACCUGGCGAUUUGGAUAAUGCUGGCUGGAGAGCAGCAAGCAAGGAGGGCCUGAUCGAAGAGCUGGGCUCGCUAGGCGAAGGUGCGGGCGGCGCAGUUACGAGGUGUGUCUUGAAGGGCUCCAGGACUGUUUUUGCGUUGAAGAUCAUCACUUCAAAUCCCGAUCCUAGCAUAAAACGUCAGAUUGUGCGCGAACUGCAGUUCAACGCCUCCUUACAACAUCCCAGUAUUUGUCGUUACUAUGGAGCUUUCCAGCCUCCGUCUAAUACCUCGAUAAUCAACAUUGCCAUGGAAUUCUGCGAGGGCGGUUCUCUAGACUCGGUCUAUCGAGAAGUUCUCGGGCGCGGCGGCCGUAUUGGAGAGAAGGUGCUGGGUGUGAUUGCACGCGGCGUGCUGGAAGGCCUGACGUACCUUCACAGCAAGCGUAUCAUCCAUCGCGAUAUCAAACCUUCCAACAUUCUUCUGUCGCGUUCCCCGAUGAAUCCUGAUGGCUCAAGGCAAGCUACCAGAGGCUCCCGUUUGAAUGCCUGGGAAGGCAUCGUGAAGCUUUGCGAUUUUGGCGUCAGCGGAGAGUUCGGUACCAAGGGCAUGGCCGACACGUUUAUUGGAACGUCGUACUACAUGGCACCAGAGCGGAUCCAAGGUCUCUCGUACACCAUCACAUCAGACGUGUGGAGCCUGGGUGUCACAUUGCUAGAAGUUGCCCAGGGUCGCUUCCCCUUCCCGGCCGACGCAGAUGGCGAGAGCGGCGCGAUAGCACCGCGUGCCGGUCUUAUCGACCUUCUCACGUACAUUGUGCGGCAACCGAUCCCCAAACUCAAGGAUGAACCCAAGAACAACAUCUUCUGGGGAGACGGGUUCAAGUACUUCAUUGAAUGCUGUCUGGAGAAGGAGCCGAACCGCCGGGCAACACCUUGGCGCAUGCUGGAACAUCCGUGGAUGGUUGAGAUGAGGAGCAAGAAGGUCAACAUGGAGUCCUUCCUCGCGAAAGUAUGGGAAUGGAAAGACUAG